UGGAGGAGUGGAGAGCAGGGAAGACACAACAACUUGAAGCAACCUCUCACCGUUCUCUCCUCUCCUUCCUCAAUAAAUAGGGACUCUCUUGUCCCCUUCUCUCAAUCCCUUUCUCCUAAAAAACGAGAAGCAGAGAGAGAGAGAGAGAGUCCUUCAAAUCCGGUUUUCAUCUCUCUCCCUUGUUGUUUCCACUCUCUAUCAGCCACCCAUUGCCCUUCUUCAGCCACCAUCUUCAUAAAUCUCAGCUCUCUCCCUCUUGGACUUGGGUCACGCAACAUUGUCUCCAUUUUGCUCCACUCCUUGAGACAAGCAAAAAUGGUUUUCUGGGUUUUUGGCUAUGGUUCAUUGGUGUGGAACCCAGGUUUUGAAUAUGAUGAGAAAGUGAUUGGCUUUAUCAAGGACUACAGGCGUGUUUUUGAUCUUGCUUGCAUUGAUCACAGAGGCACACCUGAAAGUCCUGCAAGAACUUGCACGUUGGAAAAUGUUGAAGGAGCUAUUUGCUGGGGAGCUGCUUAUUGUGUUCGGGGAGGUCCUGAAAGGGAAAGAUUGGCAAUGGAGUAUUUGGAAAGGAGAGAAUGCGAAUAUGAUAAAAAGACCCUCGUAGACUUUUACAAGGAAGGGGAACCCUCGGAGCCUGCUUUAACUGGAGUUAUAGUUUUCACUUCCACUCCAGACAAGGUAUCAAACAAGUACUACCUUGGGCCUGCCCCGUUGGAGGAAAUGGCUAGGCAAAUUGCAACUGCUCAUGGACCAUGCGGGAACAACAGAGACUAUCUGUUCUCGCUUGAAAGAGCCAUGUUUGUUAUAGGUCAUGAAGAUGACACGGUGAUUGAACUGGCAAAAGAGGUGAGGAGGGUUCUUGGAACUAAAGGGAAUGGAAUUCCCGUGGAGAAGAAGAUAUCUGGGUCAUCCCCAGCUGCUCUCAAAUCCCACAUGCCAGCCCUUCAACUUCGUUCACUUCAAGAAGCAGUCGUGAUGGACUCUUAAAGGUAGAAGACCAAUCAGUGGUUAAAACAAAGCUUCGAUAACCCAAUUAUACUAUUUCUGAACCUUCUGUUGGCCUUUUCAAACCAGAGAAGAGUUGUUCUUUGUAGUAGUCUGUCUAGCCUUUUGACAGUGCCAUAUCUCUAACCUUGGUAAGUUUAGGUUCGAAUUCGGAGCAUAGAUGUUAAUCAAUUCUUAUUUUAGCCAAAUGGCUGGAAAAAAGUAGUAGAUGACGGGACAGCAAAUGUCAUGCAACUUUUUAUUUUCAAUGAAGAGAAUAGUGAACAGUUUUAAAUCC